GUUUAACGUUUCGACGGCGUCAAUGUACUCAUAGUGGUACAUAAAUGUCUCCCAUGGAAGCGUCGGCAGUAUCUUCAGAGACGACAGUAGCUUUGCUUCGACAUCGUGAUUACUUUAUCUCAGCAUAUUCAUCUGUGGACAUAAAGCAGAGUUUUGAAGAUAUGGAGACAUGUUUUCUUCAACUUUCAAUGGAAGAGCAGGCAAAAUCUGAUGUAAACAACAUAAAGAAGCAAAGCACAAGAAGCCAGAGCGUGAAUGAGUCCAGCAAUGAAUACGUAGUGGGUGAAGUUCCAUGGGCACACUUCUUAUGUCAAAAGUCUCAAAUAUUUACCCGGGGUAACUGCCUCCCUACUCGGAUAACAAUCUUCGCAAUUGCCAAAGGAGAACAUAAACUUCCUAGCAUCAAUGGAAGUGGAGACUUGAAGGAAGCUUUACUAAAACUUGGAUCCAUUCCUUCGAGCAAAUUAUUAGGAGGUGGGGUUUUAGGGAACCCUCAGAAUGAAAAUGAUACUCUCUCAGAACAGAAGUUACUUGAAGAUUACCCACAUCUGCGGCCUUUGUAAAUUGUGAUGAUAUGCUUGCGUACUAGCUUGCGUUCUGCUUCUAGACUUCUAGAGUUACGAGCAGAAAUUGGGUUGAAUUGCAUAGUUGAGGAUCAUCUAGGGUAAUACUGAAUAACGUUAAAACUAUUGAUAUUGUCCUGCUACUCAAUCUGCUAAUUUAUACGAUGCGGCCAGUGUCAGUAAUGAUGUCGUGUCACUAUAGAAGGUUCAAUCUUAAAUAUUGAUGGUGUUUAGUUAUACAAAUUACC